AUGAUGGAAGAGGAUGAUGAUUUAAAGCUUAAUGAAGAAAUAGAAGCUGAAUUGGAUAAAAUCAGCAUUUCCUCCUUAGAAAAUUAUGAAAUUGAGAGUGAUUCAAUAUCAGAAACCCCGAGUGAUGAUAGUAAUGCUGAUUUAGAUGAAUUACCAGAGUCAGUUCUUCACUGUAUUAAUGUCAUAAAGAACAAGAGUAAGACUGCUGAAGAGCUCAUUCUUCAGGAUGUAGAAGAUUUCAGUGCUUUAAGCUGCAUUUAUGGAACUAAUAAUCCUAUGCAUUUCAGGCUAGGAUUGUCACCUGAAUCAAAAGAAAAUUCUGAGCAAUUAAUGAAGAUGCUAGCUCAAAUAGAAAAGGAAGAAUUUUUCCGAAGUACAACCUGUUGUUCCAGUUUAGACUCUGUUUGUGAGCCUGACCCUUGUGAUUUGUCUUUGGAUGAACAAGUUUUGCCAGAUGAUGCUGACGUAAGCUGUGGAUACUUGGAAGUGGAAGAACGAUGUCGACAGUCGUUCCAAGCUUGGCAAGAGAAGCAAAAAGAACUAGAAGAUAAAGAGAAUGAAAUUCUCCAAGAUCAGAGGGAUAGAGAAAAAAAAGAAUUUGAAGAAGAAGAAGAAAAGAGACAUUGCUGGCUGAAACAGUUUGAGGUUGAAAAGGAAAAACUAGAGAAUAUUCAGAAGGAAGAACAAGAAAAGAUGGAUGAUGAACUUCAUAAAGAAGAGAAAAUGUGGAAAGAGAAAUUUAAACAGCAUGAGGAAUUUAUAAGAAACUUGAAUUUACAAAUGGAAGAAGAAAGAAUAAAAUUUAAUGACUUCCAGGAAAAAGAAAAAAAUCGUUUGUUAAAAUUGCAUCAUGAUGCAGCUGUAAAAAUCCAGGCUACAUAUAAAGCAUUCAUAGCCUACCAAAAAUACAACCCAGUCAUAAAAGAACAAAUAGAAAAUAAGAAGAGGAAAGCCCAAGAAUUAAGGGAAAAGGAAGCAAACAUCCGACAAAAGGAGGAAGAAAGACGGAAAAGGUUAGAAGAAGAAAAGAAGAUAGAGAAAACGAUGAGACAGCAGAAGGAAGAAGCAAGGAAAAGGAGAGAAAAGGAAUAUGAAGAUAAAAAGAAUACCCUCAGACUAAAAAGGGAGGAACUAAGCAGUAAGGAAACGUUAAGAUUCAAGGAAGGUGCAGACCAACCGAUGAUAAUAAGAAGUGCAUUGAAGACUGGGGAAUGUGAAGCCAGGCAUUUCCUAGUUGCAGAUAUGUCAAAGAAUAAGUGUGAUCUAGUCAAACAUUCUGUGGAGGCCCAGCCAGAGAAUCAGGCACAUGCGCCCUUGUGUCUAAAUAGGAAAUCAAACAAGAGAGAAAAUGUGGACAGUCAGCUUAUUUGGAAAGAAUCUAUACAAGUACAGUCAAAUCGAGCAUCUUUUGAAAAGUUAAACCUGAAAGAAAAAAAUAAAAAAAUAAAACAUGAAUCUUUAGGAAAAUUGUCCAGAAAAGAAAUAAAAUAUGAAAAUAUAGAGAAAAUCAAAUCAGAUCUGAAAGUAAGUGUGAAUGAACAGUUUCAACCACAAGAAUUAAAGUCUCAGACACAACAAGAGGAGGGUGGAAAACAUGCAAUAAAUGAGGCUCUCAGACAAGAAACACAAGUGUUGGGACACAGCCAAGAAAUGAACGAGAAUGAAGUGGAAAGCAAUGAAGUGCAGGAAAUAAUCAAAGACAAUCAACAGGAGUUGGUACAAGGACUAGAGAAAGAAGAAGUACCAGAACACAAUGCUUUACCAUAUGAUGGAAAUAAUACUUCAACUCUAUUGAUGAAACAAAACCAACUAUCACUAAAACCAGAGAUUUCUGAAGCUGUCGAGGAAAAUGGGAGACUACAAGUAAAAGGAACUGAUUUAUGCUCCAAGAAAACUGAAGAAAAUGUCAAAUACAAUGCUCUGAAGAGUGCCAUUGUAGUAGUUAACAACGCUGAUGGCCAGGUAGACACAGCAGGUGACAUAAACAAGCAAGAUUAUGUUUUUGAUAGACAGGCUACUUGUGAAGAUUUCAGUGGCUAUAAUGCAUCAGCCCUCUUGGUUACUGAGGAAGUAAACACUCUUAACUGUCCAAUCAAAGAAAUUCCAGAAGAAUGCCACGAAAAGGCUGCUGAUUGUGAAAGGACCACUACCUGCCCUCUAACAGUGUCAACGUUUUUAUCUGCAGUUGAGGAAAAGAGACUAUCUUGGAUAAAAUCAUUUAAGCCUUGGUUUGAUAUUUUCAAGCAAAAUCAAGAAAAGAAAGUUAUUAAGAGAAAGAGACUUGUAAAAUGCCCUGUCAAUAUGAUGCCCCCUUUGAAUACUCUAGAAAUUCUUCAGUGUGGUCCUUGGGAUACUUUACUGCAGGUUACAACAGUUGUGUUUCAAGAUUUGCCAGGCUGUAGUCUGUCCACUUUGGCAGAGUGUAUAAAUCUUCAAUUUCUUUCUCUUCGGCAUUGUGGAUUAACUUCUCUGCACAGCCUGACGAAUUGUAAAAAUCUUAAGUACAUAGAUGCACAGGAAAACCAUAUUGAGAUGAUCAACUUGGAAAACUUGGAAAAUCUCUGUGUUGUUCUGCUUAAUAAAAAUCAACUCACUUCUUUUCAUGGCUUGGAUGGUUGCACUAAUAUUCAAAAUCUUGAACUCUCACAUAAUAAAAUCACUCGUAUCGGUGGUUUAGAAUCUUUGAAAAAUCUUCAACGACUAAUUGUGGACCACAAUCAGCUAAUAAGUACCAAAGGCCUUUGUGACACACCAACCAUCAUACACUUGGAUUGUUCAUAUAAUCAUCUUACCAAUGUUGAGGGCAUUGAAAAUUGUGGAUUGCUCCAGAUAUUGAAGUUACAGGGAAAUUAUCUAAGUGAGCUUCCAUCCCUGAUGAAUCAUGUUCUACUACGAGAACUUUACCUGGAUGAUAACAGCAUUUCAACUGUGGAAGCAUUUUCUUCUUAUUGGCUGCCUUUACUUCAAAAUCUCACUCUUUCUCAAAACAGUUUAACAACAAUUGUACCACUUUUUCAUUUUGUUUCUUUGGAAAAGCUAGAUGUUAGCAACAAUUGUCUGUCUGACCUUACAAGUGUGAAAAAAUGGUUUAAUGAAUGCUAUUCUCUCUGUGAACUCUCUCUGACUGGAAACCCACUCCUUCAAGAAAUAAACUGGAGACAAACCCUACUUAAAAUAUUACCCACUCUGAGCAUCCUCAAUGGUGAUACGCUGACCUCUUGUUCAGAAACCCACAGUGCAGAACACCACCAGCUGGAAUCAGUAUGUUUCCUGGAUCUUUGUCAGCACCAGAUUCAAGAACUCACCUCACUGUCUGAAAACUGUGCCACUGGAAAUUGGGAUAUAUUCACUUGGGAUUCUGCAGAAAAACUCCAUAUUUCCUUUAACAAGUUGAUGGCACUAAGUAAUGAAUUCAGAGGUAGACAUGAACAUGGAGAUGUAAAUGUGACCAAGAGAGACAAAUCAGAAACGCAUCCAUAUCAUCCCAUCCUACCAAACAGUGACAGGGCUCUAGGAAAUGUUGUCUCCCAGUCUCAUGCAAAAGAACACCAAGCAGAAGCAACAGACAUUCCUAAGAAAUUGACUGACACUCAUUCUAGCCACUCAGCCUCAAGCUGCUCUUUCUCCGUUGAAAAUAUGGAAAGAAGAAAUAAGCAAAGAGUAAUAGACCAGAAGAGAGAAGACAGCAAGAUAGACAGCAUCUCCACCAAAAAAAACCCACUUGUGGAAACAGUAAUGAAGAAUUCCCUGCUGAGUAAUCAUCAAAACACUGAGCAGGAUUCAAAAAUUACAGCAGCUGUGAUCAUCCAGGCACACUGGCGUGGUUGCAUCACACGCAGAAAGAUCAAUUUCUCCACAAAGCCACACUGUGCUGCAACAGUACCUACACAAAAUUUCUUCAUCAAUAACCAGACCUUUUUAAAGAAAGGAAAAGAAGAAAAUAUUAUGACUAUUCAAGAACAACGGGAGAAGGCUGCUCUUCGUAUUCAGGCAGUUUGGAAGGGCUUUAUUUUACGAAAGAAACUGACAACAGCCCUGAAGGCAAUUGAGAAUGAAGAAUCAGAUGAAGACUAUGAAGAAAUAGAUCUAGGGGACUUUACAUUCGACGAAGCUGCCUCAGAUAAAGAAUGGCUAGCUGUAGAUUCAACCCACUUCCCUUCACAAACACUGCUCCUCCCAAACCAGCUGCAUUGGCCAAAGGUAACAUCCUUGAAACAUGAUGAUGCCCCCCUUAAUUUUCCAAGUUAUGCUGCACAAGCAGGGCCAUGUCAUGAGAAAGAAAAUGUGUUUUCACACACACAUUUAAAUAGCAAAUCAGAAAACAGUUCUUUAUCCCAGACAUCUGAAUCAAGAACAAGUAGGAAGAGCUUGCUAAAAUCUGAAAAAGAAGAGAAAAUUUCAGAAGAAUGGGGCUUCAAGGACAUUUCUACUGCACAGCAAAUGCUCAAGAGGGCACAGAAGAUGAAAUCAAAGAAAGUGAAGAAAAAAUUAGAUCCUACUUUGCGCCUAGCAUUAUUCAAAAAUAGUGCAAAUAAAGUUUCUGUUAGAAAACCGAUGAAGAAGGGACAGUCCCCCAGACAAAGUUACUUUGAAGCUAAGGAAGAAGACUUAAUUCACAAGGACACCUCUGCAAAUGAAAGAUUAGAACGGAGAAGAGAAUACACAUACCAAUGGCUUCACACACAAGUUGGGAUUCAAGGAACAACUAGUUCCAGAAAUAUGAAAUGCGAUCACUUCUUGCCUGAGUUAGAUCCAGAUGUACUAAAUGGUAGAAGAGUUCAACUUGUGGCAAGACUUGUAAGCAGAGAAGACAUGGAUUUAGACUUUUUUUCCAUGACCAGUGGAAGUGCUUUGUCUGUGAAAAGAGAGAAAAAAAGUCAGGCACACAAACACUCAGCGGGAUCUUCAAGUAAGUUGUGGUUUCCUUCAGAAUUAAUUUAG